AUGACAGACGCUAUAGCUCCUGUUUCGAGUUCUGAUGUCUCCGUCAAGACACUCAAUAAUGAAACCCCAGAAAAUAAUGCUCCUGUUUAUAGUCCUGUUGACUUCCCCAAGGCGUUGUAUCAUGAAAGGCCAGAUACUCAAAGCCAUCCAAAUAGCUUGCCGCCUCCAUACUCAGAUUUGCCCUACAACGUUGAUUUAGAAUCUGGUAGAGAAAUCGCUAAGAAUCAUAUGCCUUGGUGGGAAGUAAUGAUUGACAGUUUGUUUUUUGGUUCUACUAUAAGCUUAAUCCUUGGUUUGAUAUUAUGUUAUUUUACAGAAACAGCACCAAAAAAGGCAGUUUCUUGGACAAUUUUGGGUGUUUGGAAUGUACUCUUGUUAGUAUUUCUGUUAGUAAAUUAUGAUAAGUUGUUUGUAAAGAACAAAAAAAGCUCUUGA